GUGUCUAAUUUAGAUUGAACGUGGAUGGCAUUUUUCUUAUUUCCAUCCUGAUAGAUAAUUAUUCUUCAGUAAAAUGUAUAUGAUUUUUUUGAAUAUUAAGUUUAAAUAUGAUUAACUUUUUUUUAACAGGAAGGGCAUAGCAAACACAAACGUGGCGGAGCCGCAUAUUGAUUUCACUGUCCACGCAAAUGAAGUAAGGAUCGCAGCACGUUGACAGGAACUACACUCAACUAAUUUGUUAUAUGUAACGGGGGUGCAACAGACGUGGUCUUGCUCCGUCAGAAGGCCUUAUGGACCAUUUGUUCGUCCCUGCCUGGUCUCGAACACGCCACCUCUGACUGCCAAGCGCAACCACUACCAGCUACGCCAAAGAAAAGCUAGCUAUUCGUUGACGCGGGAGGCCUGUUACCCGAGGAGUGAGACUCAAAAUGCUGACUAUUUCCACCUCUGGAAUUUCACGCAUUAUAUUUGUGUUAUUAUUUAUUGGAGGGUUUAUAACUUUGUUUUCCAUGUACUACAAGACUUCUCCAACUUUACCUUGCCAUCACCUGCCAACUCACUCAGUUAAGAACAUAACUUACUCAUUGGCUUAUAAACCAUUUAAGAAGCCGAUCAUGCUGCUUUGGUUCUGGCCUGAAAAUUAUAGAUUUGAUUUUAAGGACUGCAGGAAAUUCUUCAACAUUGACGGUUGUCACCUUACAGACGAUAGGACCCUGUACAGUGAAGCUGAUGCAAUUCUCAUCUAUCAUCGAGCCAUAAAACACAAUGCAUCAAAUCUACCCCCCUCACCGAGGCCCUCUUUUCAAAAGUGGAUUUGGUUUAAUAUGGAAUCACCAACAAACACACAGAAAGUUUUAGGUAUCGAGAAACUUUUCAAUGAGACUUUAAACUAUCGUCGGGAUGCAGACAUUCCUGUUCGUUGGCGGUUGACUAGGAAGACCAAAGACAAUGACUUUGUGCUACCCAGAAAAGAGAGAAUGGUCUGCUGGAUUGUGAGCAACAAUGACCCCCGCACUGGGACAGAGGCGAGGUAUAACUACUACAGGGAACUUGACAAACAUAUUAAGGUGGAUGUCUUUGGCAAGGUGUUUGGUACUUUCUUAAAAUAUGAAGAAUAUUUCUCAACCAUAGCAAGCUGCAAAUUCUACCUUUCAUUUGAGAACUCCAUCCACAACGACUACAUCACAGAGAAGCUGAAUGGACCACUAGCAGCAGGAACAGUACCUGUUGUAUUGGGUCCCCCCAGACAGAACUAUGAGAGCUUUAUACCAGGGGAUUCCUUCAUCCAUGUAAAUGACUUUCCUGAUGCAAAAGCUUUGGCUGACUUCCUUUUGCAGUUGGAUAGGAAUGAUGAGGCCUAUUUGCGCUAUUUCAGUUGGCGUCAGUAUUUCUCUGCUAGGCCUCACCUGAUUGUACAGAACCAAGAAUUCAUCCAGGCUAUUUGCUAUGGCUGUGCCCAUGUGGCAGACCACAGGGAGUAUAGGGUUGUUCAUGAUCUUUACAAGUGGUAUUUUGGUUAAAUUGUCACUUGCAUCCCUAGUAUGGGUCAGUUGACAGACUCACUAUCUGUCAGUUUAUGACAGACUAUAUAACUUCAGAGGAUCGCAGCACGUUGACAGGAACUACACUCAACUAAUUUGUGUGAGUUGUUACGUUUAAUUUAUCAUCGUAUUCUUCAUCUUUAUCUUAACCACAGACCCUGCUUUAUUGAUUGAAAGUACCGUAGGCUAUGUUUAGAGAAAUACCAAUACAAUGGCAAAGGACAAUAACUUCAGAAGACUUUUGUCAUUAAAACUGUAAAACUGUAAAACAUUGGGGCACGUGCCCCAGUAUAAAUCUGCUGUGCCCCAGUAAAAUCUAUAGUUUGAGUUUUAACAAUUUACUUUAUUACUCAGUGCAUUAAUUUAGAUUUAUAAUCCAGGGGGGUUCUUUAGCCUAGUAGUGCAUUAUGCGCAGCAAGCAUGAAAGAAAAAAAGGGAUAUGAAUAGGGGCCUGUGCCCCAGUAGAGUUGUAUGUCUAUCAACGCCUCUGGUCUUGUCACUGAGAAUUGUUUGUUUUGCAUUGUAAUGUAUCCUAUAUCGUAUGAAUCAUCAGUCUAAACAUCAACACAAUAUCUUUUUAAUGCCUACAGAAAAAUAAAGACAGCAACCCCACAAAUUAAU